GCCCAGAUGCAUCCAUCAUGAAGUGGCACUUCCUCAUCGAAGGGCCACCUGACACGCCCUAUGCUGGCGGCGUCUACUGGGGUCAGCUUGAAAUGUUGAAGGAGUAUCCUUUCGAGCCCCCGCUCGUGCGCUUUCGCACUCCGAAUGGCAGAUUUCAGGUUGACACAUGGCUAUGCCGAACGCAGCUGGACUACCACCCAGAGGGCUGGCAACCGCCGUGGACCAUCGCAAGUCUGCUGGUUGCUCUCUUGGCUUUGUUCUGUGGCGACGCCUUCACUGCCGGGAUGCUGCAGCCUCCAUUCACAGAGACCCAGAGACGGCAAUUGGCAUCGGAGUCACUCGAAUGGAAUCGGGGCGUGGCAGCUUUCUUGACUGCCUUCCCAAGCUACAAGGUUUCCUGA